AUGCUCGGAUUCAUCUUGUCGCCCAUCGAGUUCAUUCUGAUGACGGUAUAUGCGCCGCUACUCAGCCUCAAGGCGCUGGAGUCGAAGACCCUCAAUGACGACACCAACCUGUUGGCAUUUUGGAUGUCGAUGUCGAUCCUUUCGGCAUUGGAAAGCAUCACAUGCGGUGCCCUUUGGAUCAUUCCAUUGUACACUGAGCUGCGCUUUGGACUUGUCGUGUACAUGCUGUUCUUCCAGGGCGGCAAGAAGGUGUACGCCCUUGCCAUUGAACCGACCUAUCAGAAGGCCAAGAAGAAGCUCCCAGACGAGCUUCUCCAGGAGCUGGACGAGGAUCCCCAGAAGUUUCUGCUCUCCAUGGGCCAAAAAGGCAAAGAAAUGGCGAUGCAGUUGGUCGAACAGCUGAAGGCAAAGAGUGCCGAAGCUGCUUCGGCCCCUGCCAAAGAAAAGAAGAAGGCAGCAAAGGCACCAUGUCAGGGAUUCUCGUAG